AUGUCGAACAUCAUAGCACCACUGGAACCUGGAUCUUCUAGUACAAGAACUACACGACCACACAACAUACCGAGAAUGUUUGUCAUCGAAAUACUCUUAACCAUAGCUUCCUUGCUGCUGGUAAUUGUCUCUCUACUCUUAGAAGACCAAGAGGCGCAUGCGCAUCAACGGACAACACGCACCGAGCUAUCAAAUGACCCCAGCCUCGAUACAUCCACAGAAAACCUCUUCGAAGGUGCUGGAAUAGAUGGACCAGGAGCUCCCGAGAACGAGUCCUGGAUAAUGGAGUACCCUACACAUCGAUCCACAUACCAUUCAUCUAACUCUUCUUCCGAAGACUCCUCCUCAGAAGACCCAGAAGAAGAAGUUAUUCCAACACUGGAGGCCUUAUGGGCUGAUUGGAAUCCAGAGCCGGAGCCUAUAGACUACCCUGAUCGACCAACUACUCCAGGGAUAUUGGAAACCGCUGUAGCUAACGAUACGGGUUCCCUCUGGUCGGUAUCAGGGAGUGAUACAGAAUCAAACCAGCUUUGGCCACCUCAGCCGGCUACCCCAAACAGCAUACAGGACAUCUUUAACCCGACCGGGGAGUUAGAGAUGAGCGACAUAGAGUGA